AUGACUGUACCUCAACAGUCUAUCCGCAGGCCCAACCCGCCCAUCAAAGACAGUGUCUUCGAUUCUCUAAGGCUGGAUGGCCGAACUGUUAUUGUCACCGGUGGCUGCGGCGGAAUCGGUUAUGAAGUCUCACGAGGCCUUGCCGAAGCCGGCGCCAACGCACCCAAGCUCUCAAGCAAGCUUGCCGCCGACUUUGGCGUCAAGGUCCGGACCUACAAGGUUGACGUCCGCAGCUACGCCGAGGUCGAGGCAGCCGUCGCUCAGGUUGUCCAGAACUUCGGCCGCCUGGACGUCAUGAUCGCCAACGCCGGCAUCCCCACCAAGGCCGGCGGCCUCGACGAUCCCAUUGAUGCCUGGAACAACGUCCGCGCCACCGACUUUGAUGGUGUGUACCACUGUGUACGAGCCGCAGGCCUCGUCUUCCGCGAGCAGAAACGCGGCGUUGCUAUUAUUACGGCAAGCAUGAGCGGUCACGCGGCCAACGUGCCGCAGGAACAGAGCUGUUACAACGCGUGCAAGGCGGGCUGCAUCCACCUGGCCAAGAGCUUGGCGGUCGAGUGGGCAAAAUGGGGAGGCAGGAUCAAUUCCGUGAGCCCCGGGUACGUUGACACUGCCAUCUCCGGAGACUGUGCCUUCGAGGUCAAGGAGCAAUGGUUCGGCUUGACGCCCAUGAUGCGGGACGCGGACCCGAGGGAGCUGAAGGGCAUUUAUCUAUACUUGGCUAGUGAUGCUAGCUCAUACACGACGGGUGCCGACUUUAUUGUUGACGGGGGUUAUACCGCUAGCAGUUACAUCACUAUCUUCUUCAAUGGCAACUCCAUCCCGAAACAACGGACUAUGAGUCUUGAGACGAUCAAGCACACGACAUCGGCGAUGGAGACCACCCAAGAGGCCCACGUCAACAAGGCUGGAUCCUCACACCUACUUCCGAUUCUUGUGUUCCGCUAUCAAGCAUUUGGCACACAUCACUCCUACUUCGUUGGCUUGAGCCGUUCCUGGGAUCUUUGGUGUCUUCGUCCUCACCAAGUCAUGUCGCCACAAAGGCAGAAGGAUGCAAAGAUUGUUGGCGAGACCCUCGCUGAGGUCUUGCCUCAGACGGAGAAGUACUGGUUUCAGCAGCCUCAUCUCAUGCGCUUGAACCUGCUCCUCCUCAUUCCCCUGUUGUCCAGUUCCGUUUCAGGAUACGAUGGUUCCUUGAUGAACGGGCUGCAAUCUUUACACCAAUGGCGAGACUACUUCGGAAAUCCUGCCGGCGCGGUCCUCGGCCUUGUCAAUGCCGCACAGUCAAUAGGCUCCGUCUUGGCGCUACCCUUCGUCGGAAACCUCUCCGACAAGUUCGGCCGAAAGCCGAUCCUACUUACCGGCAUCAUUCUCAUCUGCAUCGCCUCCGCCAUCCAGGCCGCGUCCGUCAACUAUCCCAUGUUCGUUGUUUCUCGUGCCAUCGUCGGUUUUGGAGGCAUGUUUGUGGUCCAGCCGAGUCCCAUGCUGAUAGCCGAGCUCGCAUACCCAACACACCGGGGCAAGUACACCUCUGCCUUCUGGACACUUUACUACCUUGGAGCCAUUUUGGCAUCGUGGACGACUUUCGGCACGCAGGCUCACAACAGCGACAUCUCGUGGAGGAUCCCCUCAGCUCUGCAGGCUGGCUUCCCGCUAGUACAACUGAUAUUCUUUUACUGGCUGCCCGAAUCACCUCGAUGGCUAGUGGCUCAAGACCGCUUGCGCGAGGCAUCUGAUACACUCAACCGAUAUCACGACCCAGAUACCGAGAACAGCCCACUCGUUAGCAGGGAGCUGGCCGAGAUCGUGCAGAGCAUUCAGAAUGAGAAGUUGGCUGAGAGUACCGGCUGGUCAGCUCUCGUCAGCACACCGGGAAACCGCAAGCGGACCCUGAUCGCGGUGUGUACUGGUGCAUUUGCCCAGUGGAACGGCAUCGGCAUCGUGUCAUACUACCUCACGCUUGUCUUGGACAGCAUCGGCAUUACCGACACCUUUGACCAGACCUUGAUCAACGGCCUCCUCCAAAUCUUCAACUUCGGUGCCGCUUUGAGUGCCGCAUUUCUGGUAGACCGCCUCGGCCGGCGGACUCUCUUCCUGUGGUCGGGAGUGGGCAUGCUGGUCUCAUACAUCGUCUGGACGGCCUGCUCUGCCGUCAAUGCCAACACGGGCAACAAGUCGGCCGGCAUUGUUGUAGUUGUCUGCCUCUUUAUUUACUACUUUCAUUACGAUAUUGCCUGGACACCUCUCCUGUUCGGCUACCCGACGGAGAUCUUCCCGUACUCUCUACGCUCGAAGGGCAUAGCAGUGGAGCUGUUUGCUAUCUACGGAUCCCUCAUCAUUGCCGCCUUCACCAACCCAAUCGGCAUGGAUAAUAUUGCGUGGAAAUUCUAUAUUGUGUUCUGUAUUUUCCUGCUCAUCUUCUUGGUCAUUACCUGGUUUCUCUUCCCAGAGACCAAAGGAUACAGCCUCGAGGAGAUUGCCAAGAUUUUCGAUGGGGAGGAUGUGAUGAACGAGGCCAUUGUUCGGGGCAAGGGGCAGGAGAUCUCUCACGAGACUGGUGGUCAUGCGAUCAGCCACCAUGAAGAGCUCGACAUGGAUUCAGAUCCCGCUAUGCAUUCUGAAAUCCAUGUUCCCCACGGGUUUGAUGUAGAAUCAAUGGAUAGCUUCGACCCGUUCCUUGACGAGAUGCACUCAUCGAUCGGCUCGUCCGACCAGGCAUGCAAGGAGUGUCGCAGGAGAAAAGCCCGCUGCAAUCGGGCGCUGCCAACAUGUGACCUAUGCGUCAAGUACCGACGUCAUUGUCUUUAUGAAAAGCACGCCCGGACACCUUUGACGCGCAAGCACUUGACCGAGGUCGAGACUCGUCUGGAACGGGCUGAAGCUCAGUUGAGACGCAUGCGGACAUUGGUCCCACAGCAUCUACGCAGGUGGGAGUCAGGCAACGCGAAGCACACAUCAGUGUUGCAAGAGCAGUCGGACCAACAACCUCUUGACUUCUCACAAGCGCCCUCACAACCGAACGGGGCCGACGUGACAACAAAGACCACCUGCCCCGAUCCUACGGAUAGUGCUCCGGCCGUGAGCCCCGCUGAUCCUUCUAUGCCGGCCAAGUCGGCGGAAUCCAGCUGCUCCGUCCCGCGCCCCGCCGAAGCCGAGAACCAGCGUUUGCUCGAGAGAGCGCCGCACGAUGACGACUUUGAGUGGUGCGAGCUUGAGGCCGUCCACCCAACAGGCCUCUCCCCAGAUGGUACCGCCGUCGGCGACAUUCCCGGUGAAGACAGCCACGUGUCAGACGGCAUGGCUUCCUUGACGGUCAACGAGAAAGAAGCAGGGUACCUGGGCAUCGCCUCCGGCGCCGCCCUCCUGCGCAUCCUCGAACCCAGGGCCUCUCGGCGCCGAGCUCCUUCCCGCUCGGCACAGUACCCGACCUCCGCCCCGUGGUCGUCGUCGGCCUUCACGCGCUUGACUCCUCAGCCCAACCCGAACCGACACAUCGCCGAGUCCAUGAUUGACGCCUACUUCCGGCUCUAUCACGUCAGCUACCCCAUCAUCCACGAGCCGACCUUCCGCGCGCAGUAUAGCGAGGUCAUCCCGCGGCCAGGCGGCGCCUGCUGGACCGUGCUGGCUUAUGUCGUCGCCGCCAUUGGUGUGUGGACCUCGGCUACCUCGUCCGCCGACACGCUCGACAUGGCACUCUUUGCGCAGGCGCGCUCGGUGCUGGGCUUUGACUUUCUGGAAAUGGGAAACAUCACACUCGUACAGGCUCUGACGCUGGCAUCCAAUUACCAGCAGAAGCGGGACAAGCCGAAUUCCGGAUACAACUACCUCGGGUUGGCUGUGCGGAUGGCCAUGGGCUUGGGUCUACACAAGGAGUUCCAGGGUUGGAAUAUCUCUCCGCUCAACAUGGAGAUCCGCCGGCGUGUGUGGUGGUCGUUGUGCGUGUUUGAUGUUGGGGCGACGAUUACGUUCAGUCGGCCAGAUGUGUGGCCGUAUCGAGGCGUGGAGGUGUCUUUCCCUCUCAAUGUGAAUGACAGGGAAUUGACGGCUGCCUCGACAUCAUACCCUCUAGAGAGCAACCAAAUCACGCCCUACACCGCCGUUGCUACCCAAGCCCGGUUCCACAUCGCAACGCACCAGUGCUACGAGAGAGUCAUCUCCAAACCCUUACCCUCAGCUGAGGAACUUCUCCGCCUGGACAAAGAGUGCAUCCAGACCUGGCAGGCUGGUCUGCCAGCCUACUUCUCUGAGAGCACCAGCGUGCCCGAAAAGUACGCCCACGCACACGCCGUCAUGUCCUGGCGGCUGCGCAACUUGCGCAUCAUCAUGUACCGCCCCUUUGUCAUCCGGCGGGCCCUAAGGCGGCGCGCGGACUCGGAUGAGGCGAGCACUGAGGCGUACAACCGGUGUCUCGCCGACGCCAAGUCGACGAUCGAGGGCAUCUCCGAGUUCUGGGGUCGGCACGAGCACAAUCGGCUCACAGCGUGGUAUGCUUUAUACUUCCUUUUCCAGGCUGCACUGAUCCCCUGCAUCUGCCUCCGGAACGACCCGUCCGCCGAAGCCGCUCCCGACUGGCGAGCGCAGCUCACCAGCACGCUGCACACGAUCAGCGCCAUUGCCCCUGUAAACGCGAGCUCGGCACUGUCCUACCAAAUCGUCUACGAUCUCUGCGGCAGGUAUCUUGACAUCCCGCGCCCGCAGCAGCUCGAUGCUGCCGCUCACCCUGCGGCAAGCGAUGCCGCCGGACAGCUCCGCCAGGAGGAGACGGCGGCGGCAACGCCUGGCGUCACGGAGGACUCGGGCGACGGCCUCAACGACGGAUGGCCGGCGGCAGUGCAGCCCGUCGGGGAGAGCCCGCAGACGCAGGUCAACAACGUGUUCAGCAUGAUGUGGCCCAACGUGCCGCCGCUUGAGGCGGCCGACGUCGUCAUGGGGGACGAUGCGGGGUGGAUGGAGUUUCUGCGGGCGGGGAGCAUGGAGGACUGGGCCGGAACAAGGGCGGGGGCUGAAUCGUGA